AUGCAUAUUUGGGCUGGCUCGGGCUCGGCCAGUGGGAAGGAGACUGUUAGACGAAAAGAGAGAACACCUAUUAAGACUGGCACAAUUAUCAGGAAGAGAAAGAGUAGUGCUAAACUUGGAUUGGGCAUGGAUGGUUUGGCUUCCACUGAAGAUAUUGUGAAAUCGAGUCCAGGUCCAAGUCCUAGAAGAGACUCGGGAAUAGACUCUGUUAUGGCGUCUGAAGCCGAUUCCGAUGAGUCGAUUAUUACGGUUAUUAGUGUUUCAACUUAUGAUGUUGAGGAAGAUAUGGUUAGGCCUUUGAAUUUUGGGUCGCUGGAUGGUGAGGGAAAUCUCAUUACGAUUGGGAAGAUGGAAAGGGGUGCGAAGAUGUUGCGGGAAGAGGAGAUGGAUAGCAAUCUUCAUGAUGAGUUGGGACAUGUAUCGACUCUGAGUAAGUUAAAGGGGAAAGGCAUCGCGUCGAUGGAUAUGGAAUGUUCAAACAGAGAAGAUACAGAUGCCUUUUCUUCGUCAUUGAAAGGUCUCAGUCGUAUCAUGGCGAGUAAUAAUAGGAUGUUUCGAGCAAGUAGGGAGGAGGAAGAUCGAAUCAAAGAUUCGGAUAAUAAUAUUUUCGCGAAGAACAAAUCAGUGGGUACUAAACAUAGUAUUCCAGUGGGUUUACCACUACCAUCAGACAUCCUCGGCACACCUGCUGAAGAUACACAAGCUGUUUGGCAUGAAUACGCGUUUUCUGGAAGCAAAAAUGAGUCAGAUUCUCAUAUCAUAUCAGCUGCUAGCUGCACCAAUAAGAAUAGCUCUGAGAGUGAAAAUGAACUGGAAAGACUUUUCAGGACGGACUCGGUGCAUACUUCAGAACCUGAGGGUUCAGAUGGAUAUCUAUCUCCCGAAACUUCCACUCCUAUCAAAGUUAAAGAAUUUGUUUUCGAUUCCGAAAAUGAAAAUGAACCGGCAUGUUACUCUAAUGUGGAAUGCAUACCAGAUUCGGAAACCGAACAGAAGGAUAAAUAUCCUGACAUAAAGUUUACUCAUGAAAUCGAUAUCGAUUUGAAUCUCGAAGAAGAAGAGAAAGAAAAAGAGCCGGAAAAAAUCGUCAAAAAUCUACAUGAACAACUCUGGGAUGAGAUAUCGAAAUCUGUAGAUAAAGCACUCGAUGCAUCGCAAGAAAAUAGACGCAAAGAGAGUAUCCGGGGAUUUUCUCUCAAAGUACCUCGUUUGGUUCAUGAGGCUAAGCAGGGUCUUUAUUGCUCGCCUUCUCCUACUCGUUCUUGCAAGAGUAAUGAGAUGGUGGGGGAGGUGAGUUCGUUGAGAGAGACGGAGUUUUGUGCGAGUGGACUUAAGGAUUGUGGUGUGGGGGAUGGUGACUUGGUGACAACUUGUAUUGAGGGAUUUGAUGGGGAUUACUCGGCUCAAAUGCGAAGGAAGGAUGAUCAUGCGACUACGAGUCUAGAUGGGAUUUCGAGUAAUAUUGAAAGUCCGAUCUCGUUGCCAGUGAUGGGGAGGGGAGGAAGAAAUUCUCCUGAGACUGGGUUGACGAAAGAUAAGGGUGGUUCGUUUGAGAGUACUGGUUUGGAUGAUGAAACCUGCACAUUGUCGGAUUCUCCAUGUCGACAAGUUAAGAUACGUGUUCCUGGGGAUGAGAAUGAUGGACACUUGUCAGAUUAUAAAGAAAUUCGUGGAGACUCUGUUGAACGUGAGAAUGAACGCGAGAUUGCGGAUUCAGAGCGCUUUUCGCCUGUGCAUCAGAGGGUGAUACAAUUGAUGACGCCUAAGCAAGGAAGGUAUCACACGGGGAAGAAUGCGUCGGAACUGGGGAGUGUUGUGAUGGAGAGACAGGCUUCGCGAUAUCCGGCGAAAGAGAGAGCUUUCUCGCAGCCUGGUUUGUUGAGAGCUGAUCAGUCGAAGGAUUCGAGUGGAGGUGGAUCGGAGGAAUGGUUGUUGGGAAAGGAAGGAUGUAGUGAGAUUGAAGAGGAGAUGGAAAGAUUCUGGAAAGUGAAUUCGGAGGGAGCGAUGGCUCGGUUUAGGGAGGUGAUGGAGGGGAUGGAUAAGGAGAGUGAGAUUGAGAUUGAGAGGGAAGAGAGAAAGACAUUCCCGGUGAUGGAUCGAAAGAUGAAGAGGAAGAUGGGGGAUUUGGGAUCGUGGGACUUCACGACGGAUGAGAAUGGACGGGUUUCGAUGGGUAGUUCACAGGUUAAGUUUAGUGAUGCUCCUACGAUUAUACAUCGUUCGAUGCCUCAAUUAGAUGGUCCUAAUUCGCCACCAUUACUAGCGGUGGAGUCUCCGGCUGGAAGUAGUCGCUCUCCAUCUCCUCGUAAGAGACUGCAGAAAGUUAAUCGGCCGAAAUCGCCUAGUUUGAUGAAGUCGUCUAGUUCUUCGCUGGGGAAGAUUUUCCAGAAUUCGAGGGUGGAGGGGAUGGAAGGGGAGAUUAGGGAUUUGAGGAGGGAAGUUGAGGAGUUGAAGAAUAUGGUUGGAGGUUGGAGAGGGAAUUUGAAGGGGAUGUUGAUUUUGGGGGGAUAUGGGAUUAUGGAAGAUCGUGGGAAGGAUGAAGAAGGAGAAAGAUGUGGAGGGGAUUAUGCGUGCGGUGGAUGGAAUCUUGAAGAAAAGCAAAGCAAAUCGUUUGAGAAAGAUCUGAUGGUACCGAGUUCGAUAAAUCCUGAGCUUGAGGAUGAGGAUAUUUCUAUUUCGAGAAUUUCGAUGGGAAAUCUCGGGAGUGGGGAGUCGGGGGUUAGUGGAGGGUUGAGAAUAGAUGAGUCUUGUGCUACGAUACCGCAGCGAGAGAUGGGAGACUUGUCCGCGGAUGAGGUGGGGAGGGAGGGGGAGAUUGCGGGGAUGAAGGGAGAAAGAUGGGAUUUGAAGGAUGAGAAGAGCGAGGAGUGCGACAGGGGGAUGCUUGGUGAUAUUGGAGCGCAAGGUUGGAUGAUUGGGAGGGGCUCGAAGGUAUUGGAUUCAGAAGUGAGGGAUUGUGAGUUGGUAUCUGAGGUACCUUUGUGUGCGGGUUGGACCGGGGGUCAAUCUGAAAGUAGGACUCAGUGUCCUUUGAAUAUACAAAAGCUUUCAGACCUGCCAAGUCUUGAAAGUAGUGAAGAGAUUGAGAGAGAGAGGAUAAAGAAAGUGGAGGAGAGCAGAAAGAGCGGGACGGUUUGUGGAAGAGUGACUCGGAAUGAAAAGUGCGGAAAAAGGGGUGGUGAUAAUGAAAUGGGAUUGAGAGGACUUGAUGAGGGCUUUGAUAAGGAGUAUAAAGCAAAUCGGAAGGUGGAGGUGAGGUAUGUUGAUAGCGAUGGGAAUUUUAUGGAUCAACGAGACGCUUUUCGAUAUUUAUCGAGUCAGUUUAAGAGCAAGGGAGGUGGUAAAAGAAGAGAGAAAGGAAAGGGGAAGGAGGGUGAGAAAUUGACUGGAAUUGUGGGAUGUGAACACGGGUCAAGGAGAAAGAAGGAAGAGGGAGGAAUGGUGGGAGAGGGAACGGGAGGGGAUAAGAAGGAUAUUCGGAGACUUGGGGGUGUGGUGGAGGAAUUGAGGGAGUUGGUUUUGAGUGGGAUGGAGAAGGGGAAGGAGAAGCAGGAGGGAGGAGUUUGUGGUGGUGAGAGGAAGAUAUUGGAAGAGGAUGAAUGUGAGGAUGAGGAUGAGGAUGAGGAUGAGGAUAGGAUGAGGAUGAGGAUGAAAUGCACGAUUGUGAUAAACCGGGUUGUUGGUGUCAACCGAGUGGAAGUGGAAGUGGAAGUGGAAGCGGAAGGAAAGGUGAAAGAAAAAUGA